AACUUUUAAUUCAAGGCAAUUUCCAAGAACAUGUUUCCAAGCUUUACUUCUCAAAAGGUGUUUUCCACCCUGCCUCUAAUUCCAUCAAAAACAAAUUAGGCGUGAUGUGUCCAUGGAACAGCCAAUCAGAUUACAGAGGGUGUGACCAAAGAGGUAUAAAUAUUCCAGGUGAUACAGGUAGCAGGUUAUGGUGCACCUGACCAACCCACUUGAGCUGGACAUACAGCAGGACAAAGAAGACUGAAUUACUCCAACACCUUGUUUUCAUCUCCAACUGGAAAAACAGAAGGUGACAGACAAAACUAGGGUGAGCAUGACAUCAUUUGUGCCACAAGCCCUGUCACCCCAGUUCCACACAAUGGGUCAGGAAUCCCAAGAGUACAGCCUGUACAACGACAACUUCUACAGCUCUCCACCUCUGCCGAGCCCACAACAGACCUUGCCAUCUGCCAGUGACAUGGUGGACUAUGCCACCCCUUCCACCAACCCUUAUCUCUGGUUCAGUAGCCCUGGGUUGAAUGCUGCAGCCAACCUCGGAGGAGGGCCGCAGCCCUACGGGAUGCAUAGACCCUAUCUUGGUGCGGGAGGAAUGGGGGGUGCCGAAGGGGGUUUCAGCUGGUUUUCUUUGCCUUCUCAAGAAGACCUAAUGAAACUUGUUAGACCACCGUAUUCUUACUCAGCUCUGAUUGCCAUGGCUAUAAACGGCGCCCCAAAUCGCAGGCUCACACUCAGUCAAAUCUAUCAGUAUGUAGCUGACAACUUCCCCUUCUACAACAAGAGCAAAGCCGGCUGGCAGAACUCAAUUCGUCACAACCUUUCACUCAACGAUUGUUUCAUGAAGAUGCCAAGGGAUGAUGAUGACCCAGGAAAAGGCAACUACUGGACUCUUGAUCCAAAUUGUGAGAAAAUGUUUGACAAUGGUAACUUCCGUCGCAAGAGAAAGAGAAAAUCAGAUACCCUGCCUGAAGAAGAGGGGAAAGGCUACACAGAAACAGACUCUACUGCAUCCAGUCCAAAAGACCAAAACAACACCAGCCAUGAAUCCGAAAGAGGACCAUCUCCGGUUUCAUCAGGCAUAGCCCCCUGCCUUAAUGGCUUCUUGUCUCAGAUGAAUGAAAUGGUCUCAGGUUCAAGCAGCAUGCGAGAGGGUGGUCUGCUCCCCUCUAUGCCACUGGGUGUGUCUUUGGACACUCAAAGGGUCUCUCCAGCUGGGGCUUUCGGCUCCUAUUCGCCACGUGCUACAGUACCACAGUGGGAAACGCAGAUUCCUCCCUCGCAUCAAACAAGCAUCUCUUCCUCGCCUGCUCACUACACAGGCAGCUACAGUGACUCAAUUCUUAGUCAGUUCAGUAGCAAUCUCUACCCAAGCCUGGACUCUGCUGGCAUGGUGUAUCCACGGGAUGGCACCGACGUGUAAGUAAAAGAGGAAUCAAAGUGUGUUUUCCACCCAGCACUUGACAAGUCAGUUGGCUAAAACAGUUACCUAAAUCCCCACAGUUUUAUCUGAGUCAGCAGAUCCAGCACUAAGAGACCAGCUCUCCCCUUCCCCCUAUUGACCUCGCUGUGUGAACGCUCACACACUCGGCUCUCAUCCCUAACUGCGUCUUGUUUCAGAUUGCGACUAAGUAUUUUUAAUGUGAUCAUGAUGUUUUAUUUGUAAAAUACUUCCAGUGUAUGAACCAUUUUGUUGUAGUACAUUCACUGCAUUGACUGUAAUGUAUUUGGGUGUUGUUGUUUUUUUUUAUAUUUUGUUACUGUGAUAUAUGUUUGUGUAUAUGUAUCUGUGCAGAAAUAAAGGCAAAAUUAAACUA